UCGGUUUGAAUGCCGGGUGAGGCAGACCGGAUUCUUCACUCGACUCGGAAGGCUUAUCUGGGAGAAGGCCAAGAGCGAUGUAGAGAAGCUCUUCUCGGGAUUCUCCAAGACUCGCGAUAAUCUCGCCGUCAUCAACAAGCUCUUGCUCUACUGGAAUCUAGCUGAAACUGAUCUAGUCCUCAACGAAGAACUCGAAGAGUUUUAGGCUUUGAUGGUAUCGGAUUUUGGGCCAAAAAUCACAAUUAAGAUUGUGGAAAGUUUGAGGGAGGACAUAGUAGCCCCGAAGCUGAAAUCUGCAAGAGAAAUAAAGGAAGCAUUGAAGAAGAGUGUACUGGAUUUGUUAACUACAAAAGGGAGCAAAACUGAACUUCAACUUGGAUACAGGAAACCGGCUGUGGUUAUGGUGGUUGGCGUUAAUGGAGGUGUGAAGACAACAUCUCUUGGUAAGAAUGGAACUCAGAGUUAGCAAGCUAGCUGAGCAUAAUAUUCAUCUCUACCAAAACAGAGAAGUACAAAAUUGGUGAUAUAAUCAUAAGCCUGCAGCAAAUAAGCGAUUUAAAAGGAGAAAUUCCUCCUGUUUUCGGUCAACUGGGCAUUACUAUAAGUGCAACUUAUUCUACCAACAGAACAAAGAGAGUUUUGGAAACAGAAGAGCAGAAUUGUAAUAGUUUUUCCACAGUAAUCUUCUAAAAUUGCUUUUUUCUUUUUCCCUAAGAUCAGUGCUUGCAGUAGUUGUUUCAAUUGGAAGCCUGUAGAGGACACUUCUCGCGCGACCUUCGCUCCGCAUCAUCAAGAUGAAGAAUACCCGCAGGUCGCCCAAGCUUCUUGGAGACAGCUCUUACAACAGGAUGGGCACAGUGUAUCCUAAAGGUUCUUCCAAAAAAUCCUAAAGGUAGCCGGUGUUAUGCAUAUACUCAUUGGAAUGAAAAGUCUCGACCAAAUAAGGACAACAUUUACUCUCAGUAUAUCUGUGUUCAAAUCUGAGUCCUGAAAUGGCAUCAUACUGCAGGCAGCUAUACAUCUAAGCAUUAUGAAUUGUACCAGCUCAGUUUGAAAGAAGAUGUACAUUUUUUUGUUUUUUUUGUUUUUGUUUUUGUUUUUUUUUGUUUGACACAAAGUAAUCCUGCAGUCUCUGG